CCCUCUUCAGCACCACGGACAGCUCCCGUCACUCGUAUCUGUGCUGCAGCGAGGCGACGCGCGCACAGCAGGACCAGAUCCAAUAAAUAUCUAAAAAUAAGGUUCAGCUCGAGCCAUAGAUUAACCCUGAGUUCACACCGCGAAGGAGAAGCAUCUUCCUCCCUCCUCUUCCUCCUCGUGGAUGCUUGACUUGUUUCGUUUUUUUAUUURUGUGUGUGUGUGUGUGGCCUGACUGAGAAGUCCAACCUUCUUUUUUAACUGCAUUGCCUCUGCGUCUCCUGACUGUUGGCUCCUCAUCCUCCUGUUUCUGGCAGCCGGAGUGGGAAAAGUGCUUCUCACKGAGGGCGGUGGGGGGGAGGACAGAGGAUCAACCUGCUGAAGUUUUUAUUUAUUUUUUCUGUUUUCUUCUGUAUGACAAAACUACCCUGAUUAUGCCGAGGGAUUUUGUUCCUAAAACUCGGGAGUGAAUCUGACUUCAGGAUGCAGGCGGAGGGGUGAAGUUGAGUAGAAGUGUUGCAGGCUCUGAUAUGAGAUAGGCAGGCGACCCGCAUCUGCAACGUUGGCUGGAAUCCUCAGAUCAGCGCGGAUAGGGUGCAAUCACUUCGCAUCAAGAUGAGGUGCAUGAGGUGCUUUCUAAAUUGCACCUAAGAGAGAAAAAAACACCCUGCUGCUCCAGGAAGCCAGWGUUUCUUUCCUCUUGACGCGGACUGAACCAGGUCGGGUUUUGCGGUUAAGUAAACACUGGRAAAACAAAGUCGGCUGUUAUCCACCCCCCCCCCUCCUCUUCUCUCCCUCUGACGUUUAAAAGAAACAAAGAGGGGUGACUGAAAGAUGAAGAAGUUCAGGAAGGUGCUGGACGGCCUGACCACGUCCUCUCCUGGAGGGACCAUCGGGUCGCCGUCGUGCGGCAGCGCGGCCGGGACUCCCACCGCGGCGCCGACUCCCAGGGAGAUCGACGUGCAGGAGACGCUUGUGUCGGAAAACUUUCAGCUGUGUAAGACGGUUCGUCAUGGUUUCCCUUAUCAGCCCACUGCUUUGGCCUUUGACCCCGUGCAGAAGAUCCUCGCCAUCGGUUCCAGAUCAGGUGGUGUACGAAUACUGGGACGGCCGGGGGUGGACUGCUUCUGUCAACAUGAGAGUGGAGCAGCAGUUCUUCAACUUCAAUUUCUCAUCAAUGAGGGGGCGCUGGUCACAGCCUGUGCAGACGACACGCUACACUUGUGGAACCUACGCCAGAGGCGACCGGCUGUCCUGCACUCGCUCAAAUUCAACAGAGAGAGGAUCACAUUUUGCCACCUGCCCUUUCAGAGUAAAUGGCUGUAUGUGGGGACAGAGCGUGGGAACACACACAUUGUCAACAUCGAGUCCUUUAUUUUGUCUGGAUAUGUCAUCAUGUGGAACAAGGCCAUCGAACUAUCAACUAAAACUCACCCAGGACCUGUAGUUCAUCUGAGUGACAGCCCAAAGGAUGAAGGCAAGUUGCUUAUAGGGUUUGAAGGUGGGACCAUUGUACAGUGGGACCUUCGGGCUAAAAAAGCAGACUUCAGAAUCUAUUAUGAUGAGGCCAUUCAUUCAGCCAGCUGGCAUCAUGAAGGGAAACAGUUCAUGUGUAGUCAUUCAGAUGGAAGUCUGACAUUAUGGAACCUCAGAAAUACCACCAAGCCAUUCCAGGUCACCUUUCCUCAUGGAAAGAUACAGAAGGAUGGGAGGAAGGAGUCAUGUAAACCCAUUCUCAAAGUUGAAUACAAGACCUCAAGAAACAGUGAGCCUUUCAUUAUCUUCUCUGGUGGCCUUUCAUACGACAAAGCAGGGCGACGGCCAGCUUUGACCAUCAUGCAUGGCAAAGCCAUGACCGUUCUGGAGAUGGACCAUCCCAUUGUAGAGUUCAUGGUGCUCUGUGAGACUCCUUAUAAUAAUGAGGUUCAAGAGCCCUAUGCAGUGGUAGUGCUGUUGGAGAAGGACUUAAUUGUUGUGGAUCUGACACAGAGCACCUUCCCAGUGUUUGAGAACCCUUACCCCAUGGAUGUCCACGAGUCCCCGGUCACCUGCACAGCUUAUUUUGCAGAUUGUCCACCAGACAUCAUCCCCAUUCUCUACUCUAUAGGAGCCAAACAUAAGAAGACUGGCUACAGUCAUAAGGAGUGGCCAAUUGGUGGAGGAACAUGGACAUUAGGUUCCCACACCUAUCCAGAGAUCAUCGUCACAGGACACGCCGAUGGAUCAAUAAAAUUUUGGGAUGCAUCUGCAUUCACACUGCAGAUGUUGUACAAGCUGAAGACUUCCAAAGUCUUUGAGAAGCCAAAGCCCGGAGAGGGUCGGGCUGCUGAAUUAGUGGAAGAAGACCCAUUUGCUGUUCAAAUGGUCAGCUGGUGCCCUCAGAGUCGAAUCUUCUGUGUGGUCGGCAUCUCGGCUCACAUCAUCCUGUAUCGCUUCAGUAAAUAUGACGCCAACACUCAGAUAGUGGCGCUAGAAGUACGCCUGCAGUGUGAUGCUGAGGAUGUCAUCACUCCUUCAGAAAACGAAAACAAUCCCUGCUUCUCAGAGACAGGCUCGCACUCACCCCAACCACACCACCAGUACCCAGUCAGCCCGGGCAGCAGGACGCCGGAGGGGGCCAAAGACAGCGUCCCCUGCCUCAAGGUGAAAGACCGAGUGGUUAGGGUCCCUCCUGGCUACCAGUCAGACCUGGUCAUCCAGCUGCUGUGGGUCGAUGGAGAACCACCCCAACAGAUCACCAGCCUAGAUAUUAAUUCUGCAUAUGGCCUAUUGGCGUUUGGGAACUGCAAUGGGCUAGCAGUGGUGGACUACUUGCAAAAAACGGUCAUAUUGUGCAUGUCUACACUGGAUUUGUACGGAGCCACCGACCCCUACCAGCGCCUUACCCGUUCCCCUCGUAGGAACAGACAGUCCACCUCAGAGCAUUGCAUGCGCGGCCUGUCUAACCUUUAUUCAGAUUCAAAGAAAAGGAUCCGUACAUCCUAUCAGAGCCUUACUGAACUCACUGACAACCAGCAGUCCAUUGACAUGGAGAGAAGCAAGUCACCAACCUCAGUUCAUUACCCAACCUCCUCUCACAAUGAUCCACGCGUCCUGCCAGAGCCUGUGGCCAGUCUGAGAGCCAGCCACUGCAGUCCAGUAUUUUACUUGCUGGACAAUGUAAAGGGACCCGGCAGAAAGUUAAGUCUGCCCACAGAUCUUAAGACUGAUCUUGAUCAUGUCAAUGGACAUUGCACUAGCCCCACCUCCCAGCCCUGCUCGGCGGGGAAGCCUCGUGUUCCGAUGGGUCCUGAGGGGCCACGGCUUACUCGCAGAGGCCCUGGCCGACCACCCUUCCGCAAGGCCCAGUCUGCUGCUUGCAUGGAGAUCUCUUUGCCUGUGUCCCACACUGAAGGGCAUGCAUCCAGGAGGGCAAUGCUUCAGCAGUUACAUGGAGUCACUAUGUACUCCCACGACGAGCACCACACCACCACCUCCUACUGUUGGAAUGAGAGAGAGAGUCGUGAGAACUCCUUCAGCCGCUCGCGCAGCUCUAGUGUGUCCAGCAUCGACCGGGACACUAAAGAGGCCGUCACCACGCUGCAGUUUGGAGAGUCAUUCGGACGCAAGAGCGAUGCCCUUCCCACACCAUGUCUGUGGGUGGGCACUAGCUUAGGAGUGGCCUUGCUCAUCCCACUGUCCAUCCCUUACGACCAGGAGGAAAGGAUGGAGGAGCCGGUCACCAUCGGUCCUAGUGGUGCGGUCCAGAUGCUGAAGGGCUCUGUGUUACGCUUUGGUUUUUUGGACUGCAUGGGAGUCCUCAUUCAGARCCCCUACGAGGUUUGGCGGGACCUAAAUGCCCCGGAGGACCCCGACAGACCGMGGAAGCGCAAACUGGUCCACUUUUCUCCAUCGUCCUCUCAGGAAGCCUACGGAGAGGGACAUUUGGCCGUGGUUUGCUCCGAGAGGCAGGCCAAAGUCUUCAUGAUGCCCUCGCAGACUUGCCUCUUUGUCCACAACAUCACAGAGUCCUCCUUUGUACUGCGAGCCGACGUGGUAUCUGUGUACAACAGCGUGUGCCUGGCCUGCUUCUGUGCUAACGGACAUGUCAUGACCCUCAGUUUGCCCAGUUUAAGACCGCUGAUGGACGUCAAUUACCUGCCUCUGACAGACAUGCGCAUUGCUAGAACAUUUUGUUUCACCAACGGGGGGCAGGCGCUUUAUCUCAGUUCUCCCACAGAGAUUCAGAGAAUUACAUACAGCCAGGAGAUGUGUGACAACCUGCAGGAAAUGCUGGGAGAGCUUUUCACUCCAAUAGAAACACCAGAAGCCCAGAACAGAGGGUUUUUGAAGGGCUUCUUUGGAGGAAAUGCCCAUACAUUUGACAGAGAAGAGCUUU